GCGUGAGGCGGAGGCUGCCGGAAGGCGCUGCGAUGGUGCUUUCCCAGGACGAGAUCGAUGGCAUGGCUCCAGCGUCUUCAGCUCUCCGCCGCCGUCUCGAGUGUUAAGAAUGGGGCAGCCAUAUGCCAGACAGGCCCAGCCUGUUCCGCACCGCCGACCGAGAGCGCCCUGGACGGUUGCGAGAGACACGGGACGGCACGCCGACGACGCGUCGCGCCAGAAGUUCUCUCGCGAGCGAGACACACACGAAGCGGAACGCGCCGAGACGACGUCUCGCGCCGGAAGCCACACACACACCACGCGUCACGCAGGCUGCCGCGACGCCUUCCUCGCCUUCGACAAGGAUAGGUCCGGCACGAUUGAUGUGUGGGAGCUGCGGCAGGUCCUCGAGGCCAUGGGCCAGAAGCCGACCGAGGAGGAGCUCUUCCAGAUGAUCUCCGAGGUCGACGAGAACAUGAGCGGUAGCAUCGACUUCGCCGAGUUCCUCAAGGUCAUUGAAAAUCAAAAAGAGCGCGCGGAGAAUUUUGAUGAUGAAAAUGACAUGAUCGACGCCUUCGUCGCGUGCGGCGGCGAACCGGACAAGGGCGGCCACGUGCGGCGGGAGACCUUGGUCAAGAUCAUCAAGCACGACUUCGGCCUGACGAUAGACAUCGAGGAGCUCAUCAACAAGAUCGACACGGAUCUGUCGGGGGAGAUCGAGUUCGAGGAGUUCAAGGCGCUGCUGUCCUAGGGUUCGCGGGUAAAAGGCUUUGUCUGG